AUGAGGAAGACGGUCAGAACUGUCUCCACACAUGUCAGACAAUGUCCACUCUGUUCUCAGAAGGGGUUCAUAUGUGAAGGUUGCCAUGGGAACAACAUCAUUUACCCCUUUGACCUCCGAGACACAUACCAGUGUCCGUCGUGCAGUGCAGUCUAUCACUAUGUCUGUACACCAGAGAAAGGAAACUGCUCCAAAUGUCUUUGUAUUCACCGGAGAAGACAGGCUCUAUGUAGUGACUUCUGACUAUCAGUGAACUCUUCACUUUUUCCCUCAUUUCUCUGUAGUAUUGUGCUGGCUCACCAAUUAAUGGGCAAAAAACUCGUAGCCGUACUCGUGAAUGUGCAAUAAAACACGUUCAACUGCUUACCAUACUCACAAAAAACUAAUUGGUGUCUUAGCGUACCCAUGAAAUGGGGGAAAACGUAUAGACUCGUUGCCGUUGUCGUAAUAUAAUAUUAUGGCACAAAUUCAAGGGCUGCUCGCAUGCAUACCUGUGUAUCUAAUGGGAAGUCACGUAGGCUGGGCAAAAAAACACAUUUGUUGCUUAGCGGGGAAAAAAAAUUGUAGACUGCUUGCUGUGCUCGCAAAAUAGCAAAAAAAUAUGUAGGCUGCUUUCCCGUACUCGUGAAAUAUUAAAAAUAUCCUCAGUAAUUUCUCUAGUAACUCCAGGGUACCCCUCAGUAAUCUAGUAUAUAGGCCACUAGUAAACUCCCUCAGUAAUUUCUCUAGUAAACUCCAGUGUACCCCCCAGUGCACUCUAGUAACUCUAGGGUACCCCAUGCCAUUUGGUAUCUGCAGGAUUCCGUCUGUAAUAAACUCCAGGCCACCAUAGCCACAU